AUGGAGGACUCGCAGCUGCCCCUGGUUCGGUCGGCAAGUGGAGCGUACGAUGCAUGGUCGCGGCUGGAAGGCCACUUUGAGAAGAAGAGCUUAGCCAACAAGCUCUUUCUUCGUCGCCGUUUCUUCACGGCCAAGAUGGAGGAAGGCGAUGAUGUGCUUUCGCACAUUAACAAGAUAAAGACACUGGCGAAACAACUCGACGCGGUGGGUGCUCCGGUCAGCGAAGACGACCUGGUGAUCACGCUACUUGGAAGCUUAAGUGAGUCGUUUGCAUUUCUCAUUACUGCUUUGGAGUCAAGGGCCGACUCGCUGUCGUGGGAACCGGUGACAUCCAGGCUGCUACAUGAAGACAUGAAGCGCAAGGAGCAAGGCAGUGACGGGGUCGCUGCAGGUCAAGCGCUCAUGACAGGUGAGAAGAAGCGUAGUGGACGGCCAUUCAAGAAGACUGGCGCGUGCAACUACUGCGGGGAGAUGGGUCAUUGGAUCGCGGAUGUACCUCGCGGAUCCAUGACAACGCGGAACGGCAGCGUCCGCAGCGUGCGAAUGUGGCGCACAACCAAGAUGAAAACUUGA